GCAAGCGAUCACGAUAUUGCUUUCCAGAAACGAUUGUUAAUAUCAAUAUGUUCAUCUAGUGGCCUUGGAUACUUGGAACUUGGAGACACGCAUUUCGUCAUUAUGGCAUUGACGCCCCAGCCAUGGUUGAAAUGAGCAUAUAAAAACGCCUCUUCUAACGCCUCCAGACAGCAGCAUCAUUCUAAAUCUACAAAUCUACAUCUUUCAAUCAUUUUCUCUUGAACUUUCUAAGAACAUCACACAAUCACAACCUUCAGAAUGACGAGCCACACCAACGUCCAGGACCUCCGGAAGCAGGAGACCCGUACUGCUCAGCAGCACAACGGCACAAUCCCCAAGGAUUCUGAAGUCUCCGCCUUGAAGUCCAUGGUCAACGAAAACACCAACAAGUCCAAGGAAAUUGAAAACCACCGGAGCAACCUGCCAUUGCCCGAACAACCACCAACCGCUAGCGACUGGCAGUCCGCCGACCAGAGAACUGUCAACGUCGGCUCCGGAAGCCGUGAAGGUCCUCUCUCUGGUGAAUACAACAGUGCUCUACGGGACCCUGCGACCGCAUCGAGCAGCGUCAGAAUCGACGGAGACGAAUGGCACCGCAGCACAGCGCCGUCAGGCAAUGUUGGACGCCAGGCGACGGAGAAUCUGGAUGGACUUCCAAAAGAUGCUCUUUCUCGGUAGGGGGUUAGUUUAGAUAUCUAAGAUAUUGUAUUUCUAGCAUACUUUUGUGGAGCGAUUGGGAUAAUGCAAGUUUUAUGAUUCA